AUGUAUGAUGAAGAAGUCCAAUAUCAUAAUUUAAAUUUAUCCAGCAAUGAUAAUCAUUCUCAACUGUUAAAUUUAACUGCAACAAAUAAUUUAUCUAAUGAAGAAUUGCCUAAUAACUUAGGACUAAAAAAUAAGUUACAAUCAUGGGUAUUAAAGUAUAAGGUUUCUCAUAACAGCGUUAAUUGUAUUUUGAAUAUAAUGAAAUCAGAAGGGUUAAACGUACCUCAAGAUGUACGAACAUUGAUGCAGACUUCUAAAAGUCAUGAAAUCAGUUCCAUGGGUUCUGAAGGUACUUAUAUUCAUUUCGGGUUUGAAAAAAUGAUACUUCCGGUUUUAAAUAAAUUUGUUAAUGCUAUUGAUUUUACAAUCACCUUAAAACUGGGUAUUAAUAUAGAUGGCCUACCUCUUGCUAAAAGUUCUAAGAGCCAGGUAUGGCCAAUUCUUGUUUCGAUAAUUAAUUGUAAAAUAUUUAAUAAUCUGGUGUUUCCCAUUGGAAUUUAUCAUGGAAUGAAAAAACCUCCAUGCAUUCAACAAUAUUUGCAUGAAUUUAUUAUAGACCUAAAAUCAUUAUUAGAUAAUGGUUUUGAAAUAAAUGGUAAUAUACUCAGAUUUGAAAUAGGGCAUAUGACCAAUGAUGCACCCGCUAAAUCGUUUAUCCUAAAUGUAAAAGACCAUAACGCAUAUUUUGGUUGCACUACUUGUGCACAGGAAGGCUCCUAUAAAGAAAGGCGUGUAGUGUUCUUGGAAAUUAACUCCCCUGUCAGAACUAAUGAGUCAUUUAGGAAUAAAGUAAAUGAAGAAUACCAUAAAGGAGAUAGUCCAUUAGAGUUAUUACCUAUAAAUAUAAUUGAUGUGGUAUGCUUAGAUUAUAUGCACAAUGUAUGUAUUGGUGUCACUAAAAGGUUAGUUGAAUUUUGGGUUAAAGGCAAAAAAAAUGUACGACUAAAUGAGACUUCCAGAGAACAAAUUUCAACUGAUUUAAUAAAUCUUAGAGUUUAUGUACCAAGUACAUUUUUGAUGUUACAUACACAUUACUUGAACACAUUAGAUUUACAUUGCCGUGAAAUAAUGCAUCUAUGUUUCAAAAGAUGUGCUUACACUGUUUCCUGA